AUGCCGCUCAAAGAAUCCGAACGCAUCUCGUCCGCGCAACAGACUUUAGAUACCCUGUACGAGAUAUCGCAGCUGCUCAACACGAAGCUGGACAAGGAGACGCUCGCGACGUGCGUGGGCAUGAUAGAAAGCGGCGUGAACCCUGAGGCUCUGGCGGCCGUUAUACAGGAGCUUCGAAGGGAGAACGGCGCGCUGGGCGCUCAGUCGACCGCGAACGGGCGCCACAGCUCGAUGCGAUAG